GGCGCCUGUCAUUCUCCGCGGCGCGGCGGCUAGUGCGGACUGCGGUCCCCGCCUGCCAACUCGCUCGCCUGCGCGCCCGCGAUGUGACUGAUCCUCUGGGGGCAGGCUGGCAGCUCUGCGGACAGCAGUACCUUGGCUUUUUCUAGUGCGGGGUUUCUUGUUGAGCUGUGCUUCCCUCCGAGGCGGAGACACGCACCAGGCGCUCGGAGCGCAGCUUUCCGGGGCCGACGGCAGCUGCAGCGCUAGGGUUCGCGCGGCCGGGUGCAGUUUUAGUCGUCGCUGCCGCCCGGUGGUGCGCCCUGGCGAGUGCCAAGGCGCCGGGCAUCGCUGAGCCGAGGCGGCUGGUGCAGAGCAGCAGCGCUUGGUCCUGCAGCCGCAGCUGCCUCCGGCCACUGCAGGAGCCGAGGGGCUGCGCGCAGCCAGAGUUUGCAGGGGUUGCCUUGAAGCCAGUCCCCAAGAACACUCCUGGACUCUUGCAUCCCGCUGCUGACUUCGUCUGCCCCAGGGGUUAGGAGGUCCUGAGCAGCAAAGAAUGCAAGAAGUCCUUCUCUUAUUUCAACAGUUGCGCACAACUUUGGAGCUGGGAAAGGGUGAUUUCAAGUCCAAGAAAGAAGAGAGAGUCUCACCAUAACAAGGCUUCAAAAGGAGGUGUUGCCAGAAUUUGGAAUACUCUUUUGGACAAACAUUGCUCCAAGUUUCUUUGCAGGAAGACACCACGGCCCUCUGCCCCCCAUGUGGCCACCUUUGAAGAAUUGACUCAUUCCAUCAGCUGUGCCAGGUCCUUUUCCCACCAUGGGACCAGAAGGAAGUGUGCUGAGCGGCGGACAGAUGCAGAUCAUUCUCUGGGGAAGUUUGGCAGCUGUUGCCAUGUUCUUCCUCAUCACCUUCCUGGUCUUUCUAUGCACAAGUUGUGACAGAGAAAAGAAGCCAAGACUACACAGUGGAGACCAUGAGAACCUGAUGAACGUGCCUUCGGAUAAGGAGAUGUUCAGCCAUUCAGCGACGAGCCUGACCACAGACGCUCUUGCCAGCAGUGAACAGAAUGGGGCACUCACCAAUGGCGACAUUCUUUCAGAAGACAGUACCCUGACCUGCAUGCAGCCUUACGAGGAAGUUCAGACCUCUGCUUCCGAUCUGCUGGACUCCCAGGACAGCACAGGGAAGCCUAAGUGUCACCAGAGUCGGGAGCUGCCCAGGAUCCCCCCGGAGAGUGUGGUGGACACAAUGCUCACUGACAGGAGUGUGGAUGGGGAUCAGGGACCAGGCACAGAAGGGCCCUAUGAGGUGCUCAAGGACAGUUCCUCCCAGGAAAACAUGGUGGAGGACUGCUUGUAUGAAACCGUGAAGGAAAUCAAGGAGCUGGCAGGAUCAGGACACCCAGACAGAGGCCAGGGUGGCAAGUCAAAGUCUGCUUCCACCUUGAAAGAGCUUCCGGGUCCCCAAACGGAGGACAAAGUGGAGUUUGCUGAAUAUGCAUCUGUGGACAGAAACAAAAAGUGUCGCCAGAGUGUUAAUGUAGAGAGCAUUCUUGGAAAUGCGUGUGAGCCAGAAGAGGAGGCCCCACCACCUGUUCCCGUGAAACUUCUGGAUGCAAAUGAAAACCUUCAGGAGAAGGAGGAGGGAGAGGCAGAAGAGCAAGCCCCAGAGGGGAGCAGGGAGACCAAUAAGAGAUUUAGCUCAUUGUCGUACAAGUCUCGGGAAGAAGACCCAACUCUCACAGAAGAGGAGAUCUCAGCCAUGUACUCAUCAGUGAAUAAACCUGGACAGUCGGUGCAUAAACCAGGACAUAAAGCACUAGAAUCCACCUACACCACCAUUCAAGCUGCCCCUCAGAGAUCUCCCUCUUCUUGUAAUGACCUCUAUGCCACCGUUAAAGACUUUGAGAAAACUCCAAACAGCACGCUUCCACCGGCAGGGAGACCCAUGGAGGAGCCAGAGCCCGACUAUGAAGCAAUACAGACUCUAAACAGAGAAGAAGAUAAGCCCCCCCUGGAGAUUAAUGGCCACCCUGGUCUUGUCCCCAAGGAGAAUGACUAUGAGAGCAUUGGGGACCUGCAGCAAUGCAGAGAUGUCACCAGGCUCUAGCAACCCAGAAGACAACUCCAGAGAGCCUGUGGUUAGUAUCUGGGGACGGUUCUGUGGGGAUAAGAAGUGACAUCAAUCUCUACUAUAUAUGCUGCUUGGGUAAACUGAAGGUGAUCACACAUGCCACGACUGUUUCCCCAGUUCCUGAAACUCUGAUGUCCAGACCUGGCUGUCCCCAAGUGUGCACCUGCCUGCCCCGGGAGACACCCCAGCACACGCACACCCCCUCACCGUCCACAAAAGAUCCCAGCUGUCAGGGUUUAUCCCUCUAGUAAGGACAGCCAUGCUGUAAGGAAGAACUACACUCAGCAAGAACUACACUUCCACCUGCCUGAAAUACUGCCAUUUGGAAGAACCAGGUUUUUCUUCCUGUCUUUUCUCUGUCUGCUACCAACCUUAAAAAUAUAUGGCAUGUUCCCCUAUAAAAUCUUCUGAUUUCUACAGUCCAAUCCAAGGAAAUUCUCCUACAGGGCUUGGCAAUGGUUUUCAACAGAAGUGAGAUAGGAUGGGGAGAAACCGGUUGCUGGUCCCCACCCGUCUCACUCGUCCUCUUCCCAGAGCUGCAACUUUGAGUCUCUGGGAAUCCAAACUAUGCAUAGGUUUGGGGCAGGAGGUCCCUUGAGUCUCUUAGGUCUUCGUUCCUUUUUAUUUUGGUACUGUGCAUCAGCAGCCUUUCCCCAAAGUACUUGAAGUCAGUUUUAGAUGCUUUGUUUUAUUUUUCUAAUCAAAACCUUGGGAACUCAUCAGAGCCUUUUCAGUAUUUUCAAUGAAUAUCGUGGUACGCCUAUACUCCUGAAGCCCAGAGCUCAUUCCUUCCAAACAGAGAGCCUUAAUCUUUAUGUUGGAACACAGACCACAUGCGUGGACGGCAGCAAGGCAUCCAUUCUGGAAGGGCUGUGGACAUGGUAUUUCCAGUGAUUGUCGCCACCCACACCAACUGUGUAGACUUGCAUAAGUUGUCUACACCCUAAGGUAAUCUAAGACUAAAAUGUAAACAUUUAUUUUUAUUAUAUAAAUUUAUAAGAUGUUUUAUGUUUAAUGCCUAAUUUCUAGAAAGUGCCAGAAAAAUGUAUAUUAACUAUUUUGAUUUUAUGUACAAUGAUUUAUACUCUCAUUUUGAAAAGACACCACAAAGCACAUAAGCUAGAUAAUUACAAGUAACUGGUUUUUUUUUUGUUUGUUUGUUUGUUUUUGGUAACAAACAUUUAAAACUUUGAAGGUUUUUAAAGACUCAACUUCUCAAAUGGUACUUGGAACUCUCCUCAUUGAUAACCUACAGCAGUUGUGAUAGGAAUAAAUAAUCCAUUUCAGUGAUUGUGGUGGGCUACUGAAAUAUUUGAAAUGGUGAAAAGGGAUGGAAGAAUAAAAUAUGACAAGGAGUUUUGAACUUCCUAAAAGUAUCAUACUUUAAUAAAGUUUAAUAGUAUUUUUAAAGAAAACAGUGAUGAAUUCUACAGUCCAGGGCUUGCCAGUACAAAUUGCCUAUUAUAAUUUUUUCCUUCAUUUGACAAAAAUCAGUGGCUGGAAGUAGCUCAGACUAAGUGGUCAGCCUGGUUUGAAUUUAAUCAUCUCUUUAAGUCUUAUAUGGCCAACAUGGAAAACUUGUUCACUUGUCAUUUGAAGUGCCAUCAAGUGUAGGCUACAGAAGGGGGACCUUCCUACACUGAUUAAAAAAAAGAAAGAAAGAAAAAAGUCAUAAUCCUAUGCCAAUGUGACAUCUGUGACUUUAAACAUUUAAUAAUCUUGCUGUUUUCCUUCCUUAUGAAGAAUGCAAUUGGGAAAAUGAAGCAUCUUGAAAAUGUAGAGACCAGCCUGCUGGUAUGUGUCCCUCUCUUUGUAGAUUGGUUUUGUGAAGACUUUGUAUUAUACUUUGGAAAUUGUACAGUGAACUCUGUUGAGGAACACUGGUUGGUUGCCAUUCAUUGUCCGUCCACUAAGUCUCUCCCAUGAAUAAGUCAAGUGCAUGACUACAAUUAUUGUUGAUUAGAAAACAAAGGUGGAAUAACCUUGAAUCUCUUGAGAGAAGUUUAUCAGGAAAGUUCAAGGCACUUCUCUGAAUUCAGACCUUUCAUAAGCUCUGCUCUGCCUGCUGAUUUUCACUGCUUUGUAUGAAUGAGUUUGACCCAGCAAUCUCAGGUCACAGGUUCUCUUAGUAAAUGGGAACAGCCGCCUGCACACAGCACGCUGUGGGCACCUUCCAGGUCAAACGUUUCAUUGCAUUUCAUAAUAUCUGACUUAUAGCCAGGGAAAUAGGUAUGAUCUCUAUUAAAGUGUAGAAUACUUUCUUUAGAGACAAGUUUAUCAUUAAUAAUCACGUCAUAGUAAAAUUUCAUUAUCAGAAUUUCCUCCAGAAGUGUUCAAAUAUAGGUUAUGCAAUAUAGUCAUAAAAUAUGCACUGAAAUAACUCUCUUAAUUUGAGAACAAGUGGUGAGAAUACGUUGUGAUAGAAAAUAUUCUAAGUGUACUUUAAAACGAACUCUAAAGCCCUCCUGCAAAAAUUCUAGAAGAAUAUAUGAUAGCACAGUCCAUCAGGAUGGGGGAGGGAGAUGCAGAGUGAACUCCAGGAAGACAGCUUGGCUCUUCAGAGCACCAGGUGUUUUAUUGAAGUGUAUUAUUGAUGUCUCACCUUUGUUUUGACUUUAUUGUGCGGUUUUUCAUAAAUUUCAUGUGUCUUUGUUCAAAAUCUGUACUCCAGUCUUAGAGUUAGAAGCCUGUGGCUUCUUUUUAAAAGUUUGAUCUUGAUCUUAAUGCUACAGAGUUUAAAUGUAUGAAAGGUGAUUGUCAAAAACAAUUCACUGUAUAUUUAAAAUUCACCACUGACAUCUACAGUAUGCAUCUAGUUAUAAUAACCUAGGUUAUGUGAAACUAUAUAAAAAGAUAAUAAGAUUAAUAAAAAUUUUGUGCUAUAAAUCAGAAUUAUAAAUCUACCUUGGUUGAGAAAUCUUUGUUCAGAUAUUUUUAAAGUUUAGGAGCAUUUUUGUGCUGCUUUUAGUAUUUCCCAAGUAUAGUUAGCAGAAAGUUAAUGUGUUAUAUGUGAAAUGUUUAAGGAAUUCUAGAAGAGAGUAGUUUUUGAAAAUAUAUUUGCUACAUAUUUUUUUUCUCCUCCUGAUCUAAAUUACAUCAUUAAGUCAGUUAAAGCUUCUAAAGAUACCAGUAUUCUUUGUGGGAGGGGGGAGGUUAAUCACUGAUUUAUCCACCAUCAAAAUCCCAGAGUUAAUUCUAAUUGAGUUCUAAGCUAACAAUAGGUAGUCAAAGUAUGAAAAUUUAAUCUUAGUAUGUCACUAUAUCUAUUUCUUUUAUUCAGUUUUCAAAUUAGAGGGUUACUUACCUUAAAUUACUUACCUUAACUUGGAAUAAACUACACACACACACACACACACGUAUGUAUUGUUGCUCUGCACAGCUCUGGUGCUUGAUUAAUUGGCAUACGCUCUAUUAAGUAUUUAUCAUAUGACUGUGAUGAACUCUUGGUCAUAAAAAGCAAGAUUAGAAGAAACAGUCCCCCAAUAGUUUGCAUUUGGUAAUUAAGAGAAAACCUUCUAGAGUGCACCUCAUUUAAUUUCUCUACUGAAUACAUUCAGAUUUUAAAUUAUGUCUAUAAUUCUCUUGGCUGAAAAACAGUGGUAUUUUAAGAUUUCAUUAGACAUGUUCUGUCUGAGAGGAAGAAAUGUGCAUAGGUGUGCUUCUCAGAUAAGUGUGUGAGAAGAGAUUUGGUCAAAAGCAUCAAGUGAAUGACCCUGAGCCAGGAUGGAGCCCAGGCCAGGUGACUCCCAGUGUCCCAGUACCAGUGACUGGUUACUUGGUGGUGGUGAUCUGUUUUGUUUUAAAACCCAAAAGUUUUUAUAGCAGAAUCAACAGGCAUCAAUGUGAUCUGAUAUGCAAAACAGCCCUGAGAGGACACCAUGGCUAAGAUUACAAAGCUCCAGCUCAAGACUGAUUUAGGAUUGUGUAAAUGAGUGACAUUUUUUCAACAUUCCUUGUAAUAGUUAAGUCUGUGUACUCUUGUGAUGCUGUUCUUCUAAAAGUAUUGAUUUCAGGUACCCAGCCAAGCUUUGUCUGCUGGAAGCACAGUAGAUACUGAUGGUUAUUUCCUGGAAAUCUUGACACACUUAUUGUACUGUGUCACUGGGAAAAGUUAAAGUGUAAUGUUUGGUGUUGAGAAGUGACUGAUGUGAAAAUAGGAACAUGUGUCUAUAAUAUCAAAUAUGGCUUUAUUUGCAGUGGAAUCUAACUUCCUUAUCUUGUAGUAGCAUUUCCUUGCUCUGUGUUGUAUCUUUUUUAAAAAUCCAUUAUUCCUUGCAGUGGCAUUAGACAAGUUGAACACACCAAGACUGAAAGUGUUCAACUUAAGAGAUCAAUCCAGGAGCCCGGAUGAGUUAGAAUUUUUCUCUGGAAUUUGCAUGUGAAAUUUUAAAAUCAUAGUCCAGAAGAGAACAAACAUUAUGUAAUGGUGUUGUUUUUAAUCCCUUUGCUCAUUUUUAAGUCUUGAUCACAUCUAAUUUCUAGUAUUUCUGAAAUAUUUCAUUUAUUUUCAUGUUCUUUAAUGAAAAAUUAUAGUUCAAAUUCCUCAACAUGUCAGACUUUUGAAAUGAGAAAAAUGUUGUUGUUUUUUUAAAGAUUGUUUUUAAAAAUCUGAUUUGGAAUUCAUUUAUCUUAAAGCAGAAAGAUUUUUCUUUGCUGGCCACUUACAUACGAUGGGUAAUUUUCAAAAAAGUACUGUGCUACGGUUGUUUUGUAUCACCUAUGUAAUGUAUUAUAAAGGUGGGUGAUUAUCAUUCCUCAGAAUUCUGUAUGUUAAAUUAUCAACAGUAAAAUGUUUUAAUGUUGUUAUCUUUUAAGAUACUUGUGUUAUAUUAACAUGUCUCAUGUUUUCUGGAGGAGAUUGAAAUAUAGCCCCCUGCCCAAAUCUGUUAUUUGUAAAUAAGAAUAAUAAUUUCAUUGUUCAUGCAUUUUUUUCCUCAUAAAAAUGUUUACCCCAAAAGUGACAUACUAUCUAAAGGGUGGUCCUAAUCAGUUGAGAAUACUCCCCCUUACUCAAAAAAUAGUAAAAUAUAAUUUCUGAAACUUAACAGACGUUUUACUCAUUGUCUCAAAAGGUCUUUGUAAUGGUCAAAUUGUCCAAUUCAUAAAACCAUGGGGAAGUUGCUUUUAAUACUUAAGUGAGAAUUUUUAAACCUUAGUUGUAAGUGCAAAAAUGUCUCUUAGAUAUUGAGUCUCCCUCACUCCUUUGAAGAAGGGAGUCUAAAGAACAGGGUCAUGAAGUUAACAUUUCUCCCUGCCUUAUUUUGGCUUGUCCUGCACAGAUUCUGUCACUUUCCUUUGAAUACCACCACACCUGGGUUUUUUUUUUUUACCACCCAGACCUCUCGUCUGCUACUUAAAGGACAUCCACUAACAUCUUUUCAAAUCACAAUCCUCCAUUAUCCCAGACCCUGCCAGCCAGCCCAGAACCAUUCUCCAAAACUGCUGGUGACCAGACAGUUCUGCCCAAGUCAGAUUUCCCUGCUUCACGGAGUACCAAGAUAAGACCAUAGGUCAUCCUAGGGAAGCAGAUGUUGGUGUUUUUUUGUCACAAGUUUUGCUAAACCAUACAUGCUCCUGCCCACCUCUUUUAUAAGCAUAAUUGACAUUAAGAAAAGAACUUUUGGGGGCUACGGCUGUAGCUCAAUGGCAGAAUGCUUGCCUAGCAUGUAUAAGGCACUGAGUUUGUUUCUUAGCAUCAUAUAAAUAUAAACAAAAUAAAGGUAUGCUGUUCAUCUACAACUACAAAAAAAAAAUUAAAAAAAAACAGAACUUUUUUAAAUGGUGAGGAAGAAUCAAACUCACAAGUUCAGAAAUAUUAGCACCAUACUGUCACCAAAGAACAAGUAAGCUUGCUUUCCCCCACAGUUUUCCAAGGCUGGCAUGUGUCCCCACAUGUCCCAGGGAAGGAGUAGCCUCACUGAGCAUCCUGUUGAAGGUAGCCCUCGAUCAGCUGCACAGCAAUUGUUGUCAGUAAAGUAGGAGAAAGCUGAUUAUUCCAAGGGGAAAAUUAUUAAUAAUUUUUAAUCACUUGUAUUAAUCAUAAUUAUUUUUCAUCAUAAUUAUUAAUCACUUUACAAAUAAAUUGAAUGUAAAAUGUCUUAGCCAUCCAACUCUUAUACUCUCUUCCCUUGGGAAAUGGUGCUUAUGAGCUAUGUUAGUUAAAACCUAGUUUGUGCUACUCUCCCAGGUCUCAAGAAAUCUGACAAUGUUCAAGCAUACAAAGUUAACAGAUAUUGAGAAUAACUGUAUCUAAAUACAAGGUUAUCAUUUAUAGGCAAAGGUUUGAUUUAUGGAAUGCAAUACUAUUUAACUACUGGCACAGGUGAAUGGGUGAUAAAGCAGUCUAGAUUCUCAUUUUCUACAUAUUGAAGGCACCAAGAUGUGUCUAGUUUUGAUUUUUAAACUUCCUUGUAGUUCAUCAUAGUUAUUUGAAUAUUCUAGAGUAUAACUUUUUCAAAAUUAACAGUAUACAUAUCCGUUCAAUCUCUCUCUAUAUAUAUAUAUUGUUGCUGUUGUUUGUUUGUUUCUUUUGUUUUGUUUUGUUUUAAAAGUUCACCCCUGAAUGGUGAACUAAAGCUAGAAGACAGACUACAGUUGUGCUCGGAGCCUACAGUUCAGAAUUGCCUUGUAAUGUCCUGGUGUGAUUUUGUUUAGUUUCCUUUUUAACUCAACAACUUGGAAACAAUGAGUUUAAAAGGCACUAUUUUCAACCAGGUGCAGUGGCACACACCUGUAAUCCCAGCUAUUUGGGAGGCUGAGGCAGGAGGAUUGCAAGUUCAAGGACAGCCUCAGCAAUUUAGCAAGACCCUGCCUCAAAAAAAAGGGGGGGGGCUGGGAAUGUGACUCAAUGGUAAAACACCCCUGGGUUCAAUCCCUGGACUAAAACAUAUAAACACACACUCUCCCUACUCCCACUCUCUAUAUAUUUCCUUUUCCCUUCUUAAGCUGAAAGAGAAUUUUUUUUUCUUUUUCUAGUCUUUAUCUCCCAUUUAGAGAGUAAAGGCUUCCUGAAUGACAGCAAUGUCCUUCCCUCAGUGAAGCUGCUAAAACCAAAAGCUGGAGUCUACUAUUUGCAAACGAUUUUGAGAUGAGAACAUUACUUUGACAGGCUUCCAUGCAUUUUUCCAUGUAAAACUCAUAGAAGAACCAGAUGUGACACUGGCCACCGAUCCCUUAGCUCACUUGCUUUUUUAAAAUGUAUUUUCCACAUCUAGGCUUCUCUGGGUUUGUUUGUUUGUUUGUUUGUUUUUUGGAACCACCAGAACCUUAAUUUCUCUGUGCUGCUCCACAGCUGCCCACAGAUGUCCCAGAGGGGGUCAGUACCUUUAGCAGGGCUUGCCUCUUGGGAGAAGCAAUUCACCUGUGCCAGUAGUUAAGCAAAGAAAACUGAAUGUUAGGUUCAAGUCAACAACUGGUAACCUGAGAGCAUGCUCUAUUCCUUAGAUUUUGAUACUUCUUUAAAAAAAAAUCUUUUUUUCUUCCUUUGAGUAUAGACCUAUAUAUUUGACUCGAAGAGGGGUAAGGGAUUAGUAGUAAAAUUUGAACCAAGUGACCUGGGUGACUUACUGCCUUUGUGUUUCUCAUCUGUAUGUCUGUCUGGAAAAUGUAUGUUACUAACUCCCUCCCUCCUACCUGGAGUCUUUUAAGGAGUGAACAGAAAAUAUGUAUCCAUGAUAAAACUAUUUAGACAUUUUCUUCUUUUUUUAAACCCAGGAAUAAACCUGGUUUGCAGAUAACAUCAUAUGGCCACAAAAACUAAGAUUUGGAUGUGACUAAGAGGAUUCUUUCAAAUCAUCUUCUGUGUUCCAACUAGGAAGAGAAACUCCUUGAAUGAAUGAAAAAAGCAAAACAAAAACUUCCCUAAGCUCUUUCUAGAAGAGUGUAACAUCAAUUUACCAUCCAUCCCAGAAGGGUUCUUAAUAUUUCAACAAUUUUUAUGAGUGAAAAAAAUGCACUUUUUUUUUUAUUUCUUGGAAAAGUGAAUUAAGGCGUUGAAUUAGAUGCUCUAAUGGAACAAUUUAGUUGAAACCAUAACAUUGGUUUUGGAGACAAGAGCACAGGGCUGUGGUACCUGUUCCAGCAUUGACUUUACUGUGUGACCUCAAAGAAAUGAUUUAACUUCUCUGUGCCUCAGUUUCUCCAUAUACAAAAUGGGGAUAAUGAUAUCAACCAUUGCCUACCUCAUAGGGAUGUUUUGGGGACAAAUGAGAUAAUAUAGAUAAGUAUGAAUGCUUUGACCUCUUUCGAAGAAAGGUGCUAUAUAAAUUGAAGCUGUAUUGUUUUUAAUGAUACAAUGAUUAAUUACGUUAGAGUUUAGAUAAUAGCAAUACUGUUAGUCAUGUUAAGAAUCUCUUUCAAUUUGAUGCAUAUUUCCAAUUCUCUUCUGUGGCUAGAUCUUGAUUAUUCAUCCAGUAAUGGUACCUAAAGAACUGAAGUGGGUAUUUGUUUUCUGUGUUCCUGCUGGUAGUACUUCAAUUCUGAAUAUUCAGAAAAGGCUGGAGUGUAGCUUGUAAUAUCUUAUAGUUUACAUGUAAUGAACCUUAUUCAAGCUGUAUAUAAAAAGUAUAAUUACAUGUAAAUAGCAGGUACACUGUAAUUAAAGGCACUUAUCAAAUUGUCUUUGUUCUUUUUUAAUUAUAAUAAAGGUCAGUUUUAUAUAAAA